GUGCUAAUAUUUCAUGUGGUUAUUAGUAGAAAGAUGUACGUGUGUUUCAGUCCCAAACACAAAUACACAAACACAUCUAACCACACACACACAACUAACCACACACACACACGCACACACACAUACACACACACACACAGUAAAUACGUCCACCCACUGACAUAAAUACGCAUACGUGGUGGAUCAUUUCUGUCAGCAGAACAACUCUCUUCUCUGGUGCAUCAGAGUUGAGGAUGUCUGCCCCUUUAAGAGGCAUCCUGCAAAGUUACAGCAUUUCUCUUCGACUCGUAUCUUAAACUGCAUGGGAAACAGUGAAGAACAACUAUUUAAUACAAACCAAGUGUAAUGGAAUAAUCCUGGUUUAAAGCAUUCAAUAGCCCUGAGUUUAGUCAGUAAUGACUGACAUGGAAACAGUGGGGUAAUGGAGACCACUGGGCUGAAAAGAUCACUGGGGAAUUAACGUGAGACGUCAUGGAGAGCGAUGAACUCGAGGCGAGAGAGUGGCUCAUCUCCUGCAUCACGAUCCCCCUGUCCACAGCCAUCAUCCUGGCCAACCUGGUCAUCAUCGUGGGCAUCCUCUACAACCGACAGCUGCACAACACGCCCAACUACUUCUUCCUGAGCCUGCUGGUGGCGGACCUGUGCACGGGUGUGGCUCUGCCCUUCAUCCCGCGCAUGGCCCUGGAGCGGAGCCUGAACUUCCACACCUGCCUGCUUGUGCACACCUUCCCCAACUUCCUCUUCCUGUCCUACCUGUUCAACCUGGUGAUGGUGCACUACGAGCGCUACCUGUGCAUCGUCAGCCCCCUGCAUUACAGCCAGUGCUGGGUCCACCGCUGCUUCCCUGUGGCCCUGCUGGCGGCAUGGGUGCCCCCUCUGCUCUACGCCUCCCUGCCCGCCUUCGGUUGGAACGAGUGGAGCCAAGACGAGAUCAAUGUCAACGGCACUCUCAACCAAACCGUGGGGGCGACAGGGUGUGCGGUGGACCCCCUGGACGACAACGGGAUGUGCUCCUACAGGAAGGUCUUCCCCACGGCCUACAUCUACCUGGAGGUGUACGGCCUCCUGCUGCCGGCCAUCUUCCUCAUCGCAGGCAUGACGGGCAGGGUGCUGUGGAUCACCCGGAAGCAGCUGAGGGACAUCUGCAAGCUCCACCGGGCCGGGGUGCGCGACCAGGCCUCGGUCGGCGAGCAGCGGCUCAACGUGCGCUACGCCAAGUGCGUGGCGGCCGUCUCCCUGGUCUUCCUGCUUUGCUGGGUGCCCUACGUCAUCUAUGUGAAUGUGACGCUUAAGUGGCUGAAGGCUGACGGGAAGUCCCAGAACAGCACGACACACAUCAUCCUCUGCUGCACGGGGAUCGGGAGCAUGGCCAUCAUCCCCUUCAUCCUGGGGCUGGCCAACAGGCAGUACACAGACCCCGCCCGCAAGGUGCUGCUGAAAUUGCAGAACUGCUGGCACGGGAUGCGGGAUUGCACAGACAUGUAGCACUGAGAGAGCCUUCUGAGGAGCAUUCCAUAUGGAGGUGUGUGAAUGGGCAUGAUGGGCACUUUAUGAAAGAAUUACAAACAGCAUAAUUCUGGUCAGACAUCAAGUUAUUAUUUUAGGCUACUAAAACAAAAGUUUUUUUAAGGGCUAUGCCACACAACUAUGUGUACUGCUAAGGUUAAUGUUGUUUAUGCAUGAUGUAUCGGCUCAACGUGGCUCAGCUUUCUGAUGAUGCUGAAAAAGCCAAUUUCUUGGCAUGGGAGCAAACAAUCCAAGAAACAUUUUAUAAUAUUUGUCUGUAAAUGAGAUGUGGCAUAAAAAUAAAGAAUAUACUAGAAUAUCCAAAUGGAUCAGAAAUGAACUCCUAGGGGGUAUAUGAAACCAGACUAGGGGUAUGUUGAGCACAAAGCCUGAUAGCUCCGCUCUCAUAUUUCCCAGUAUACGCCUCUGGUCCAUCUGGAUGUUUUCUCGUCAUUGUCUUUUUUCCCCUUGUGGUCUUCUGAUGUUACAUUUAUCUCACAACCAGUGCCAAAGUCCUUUAGUCACUAGAGUCCUCUAAAAGGGUGGGUAUGUUUUGCGUUCACUGUCUGUCACCAGCCAUAUCCUGGACACUCAUCGAUGUUUACAAACAAAGAGUCUUUUAAGAUCUCAAGGGAAAUUCUAUUAUGGUUGGCCACAAUUCACAUUGUCCUACCAGCAUAAACCAGCCUGUAUGCAUGAAGAAAUCAUUAGGAAGCGCAACAACACAGUGAUGAAGCUUACAUAACAUGCUGGUUAUAUUAUCACUGAUUAGCAGAGAAUCUUUUAUGCCUUCACAUGUUCCAAAAAGGGGGGCUUGAAUUAAAUUUAACAAAUGUCUGACAUAAAAUUUGUUUUACACUAAAGUACUUUUUUUGCUACAAAAAUGGCUUCUCUGAGUUGCUAAGUAAGAACUCUUACUAACUCUACUCUAACUCUAUAACUCUUGAGGGAGCACUGGUGUUACUUCUCUAUAUUUCACAAACACAUAUUUUCUCUCAUUUCAUUACUGUAUAUGAUGUUUAACCUCAGUGGGACAAAUAAAAUACAACUAAAUAGAACAUGUUGAAGCCUCAACCACUAACUGAACAGAACCACAGUAAAAAAGAGGCUUAAGAUUACAUUCCUAUCUGAUUUAAAACAUUAGAUAUGUCAAACCCUUUUUAUCCAACAUUUGUUGUUUUGUUUCUGGGUGACGUCUGGAACAAUUGAUGAAUUUAUGUUUAAAAAUUCAUGCACUUGGUCUCAUACGGAGAUGUGUAAGCAGUACAAGGUCUGGAGUGAGACGGGCAGUCUCCCAAAGUCCACAUGGACAAUUUGUUAUCCUCUUAUCGCCCCCAUCGCCCAUUCCCAGAAACCACCAGCCCCCUAUGGUGACGCACCACUACCUAAUAAUGACUGUGGGGAAUCUUUUAUCAUACAUGAGUACAGCUGCACAGGGUCAACCUUUUUACAAAUAGAUUUAAAAAAAAAAAAAAACCUCUUAGGACUAGCCUGACGUAGUCAUACUCAAUUCAAGUCAGAAUAUGACUUCCCGACCUCAAAUGUUGUGGGCGGGACUAAGUUCGGAAUGGCACCCAGGCUAUCUUAGGACAUCAUUAUAUAUCAAAUACGUAUCUCCAUAGCUGUUUAAGGCUCUUCAUCAAACUGGACAUAAUUAAUUACUAUAAGGGCAUGAUGAACUGAUUAGUUACUCAACAUUGUGGGGUCAAAGGUCAAGGUUGCACGGGGUCACACACACAAAUGCAGUGGUUGCAUAUCUCCCAAGCAGUUUGAAGACUCUUCAUCAAACCUAGCACAGUUAAUUAACACUAAAAUAGGCCAUGGACCAGAGGGGGCUACUAUGCCCCUUCCCCACCCCCCACACACACCACCAACCCCUUGGUUGGGGCCAAAAUGUAUCAGCCGUACACUUCCUUCACCAAUACAGGAUUAUGUAAUGUGCAUGGUGAUCCACAGUACUAAAAAGGUGGGACAUGUCUUAAUUCAUGUUAUUUCACAUCUACAAGGUAUAGGCUUUUCAAAAAUAUACACUUUAUAUUUAGAAUUUGCUUCUUUUAUUGGUCAAGGCCAAAAUGUAUCAGCCGUAUACAUGGUUCACCUAUGUGCAUGGUUUGGAGGAAGGCGGGCCAUGUUACAACUCAGGCUUUAAGAAAAUAUGUAAUUUAUGCUGAUUUAUUUGUUUUUUCUUAAUGUUACAGGCCAAAAUGUAUCAGCCUAUACUUGGCUCACUAGUACAAUAUAGGACUUUGUAUUGAGUAUGGUAUGGAAAAAGGUGGGACAUGUUUCUCAGCUCACAUCUAAAGGGUGUGGCUUUAAGAAAAUAUAGUGAUUAACUGUUCUACGUUUGAUGAAAAUCCUUAAACCUCUUUGGGAGAUAUUGUCCAAAUACUGUAUUUUAAGAGUAACUACAUGUGACCUUGACAUUUGACCCCACAUACAUUUAGUACCUUAUCAGUUCAUCAGGCUCUUAGAGUGAAUAAGUACCGGUAUGCCAAGUUUGAUGAAGGUCCUUCAACUGGCUUUGGAGAUGUUGGAAAAUCAUAAUGUGAUUUUUUUUUUUCUGUGAAGGAUUUGUAGACCUGGAAUUCUUAAUCUACAUAAAAAGAUGAUUUCAAAAUACCUAAAAUGCCUAAAAUUUACUUUCACCCUUAACCCUAAUUCACACAGACUAAAAUGAAUGUGAUACUUUUUCCAGUGAAUCACAUUAAUCACAUGUACAAUUUAAUUCACGCUAUUUAACAACCCAGGCUGCUUGCAUUCAUGCUUGCAAGGUCUUCCUUGUUUGACUACUCCACCUACUCAAAUGCCACAGAUGACUAAUUGAGCUGGUGAUUUCAGACCAGACAUUUGACCUCUGACUAAGCUUUUUAAAUGUAUUACACCACACGUAUCCAUAGUUUUGCAGCAUGACAUGGGAAUGUCAUGACCACAUGGUUAAAAGGCCAACUGUAAAGUCAAAAGUUCUCAUAGUUUGGUGUCUGGGUCAAUACAUGGCUUCAGAUCUUUGUCGUUUAAUUGCUACUCUGUAUGAUCUGUCAUGCUUCCCUUUAAAACGUAUGGAUGGCCUGUUUUUUAUGGCAGUACAGAGUUAAGAGUGCUUUACUUUCUAUGUGAACGUGCUGAUUAUGCACAUACUGUAUACACAGUCAUGAAUUUGUAUGGUGUUAUGAAUGUAAAAUAGCUAUGGUCUCCUCUGUACUGUAUGUUAAAUGUUACUCUAUUGUUCUAGCUGUGUAGCUUAAAUGUUAUUCUAUUGCUGUAAGUGGCUUAGAUAAAAGCAUCUGCCAAAUGAA